CACACGUGUGUGUGUGCGGCGCAUUUUUUUCUCGUGCCUCGAGUCUGCCACGAUUCGCGAUAAUAUAGGAUACGUCGACGGGAAAUAUUCGUAUAUAGAUAUAUAGGGAAAUAGGGGGAAAACAAAAAGAGGUUGGAAAGGAAGGAGAGACGUAGACGUGCUGUGUUGUACAUUGUACAGAAGUCAGUGGUCAAGAUGGCCGAGCACGGUGACGCGCAACCGGUUCCCGGCUCUGAAAAUCCCACCAAUACCGAACAGUCGCAGCAGGAUCUUUUCACCAGUUUUAUCGGUGAAGUCGUCAAAAGCCCUCUCAAUUUAGCUCUGGUUGGUGUUAUUGCCUUUCUAGUUUAUCAGAUCUUUCGUAGUAAAACCAAAACCGAAACACCGGCACCGAUUAUUAAAAAAUUGCCCAAAUUGAGGCGCGAUUUUACCGUCGAGGAAUUGAAGAAAUAUGAUGGCAGAGGACCGGACGGAAGGAUCCUCGUCGCCGUCAAUGGCAGCGUUUACGACGCCACAAGAGGAGCCAGAUUCUAUGGACCCGAUGGACCUUACGCUGCGUUUGGAGGACGUGACGCGAGCCGAGGCCUCGCAACAUUUUCGGUUGUUCCCGGCAAGGAUGAGUACGACGACCUCAGCGAUCUGAACACAGCCGAGAUGAAUUCGAUCCUCGAAUGGGAAGAGCAAUUCAAAGAAAGGUACGAUUAUGUUGGAAAGCUGUUGAAACCGGGCGAGGCGCCAACAAAUUAUUCAGACGAAGAGGACGAGGGAAGUCAGCAGGAGACGGAAACAAAAUCAAAAGACGAUUGACCGAGAAAAGCAUGGAUCGUGGGUGAAACGAGAGAAGAAAGAACGUGAAACGGGACGACGAUAAAUGACGAAUAUUUCAUGAAGAAAUCGAUGAUUGAUUCGCAUUAUCGUGUUAUAAAGUCGAACAAGGAUCAUGAACUCGCUCGUUUGGCAAAAAAGAAAUGUUCGACAUUGAAAAUGUCUAUUAAUAUUAAGAAAUAUAUUAAAUGUUUCGGAGUUUGGGAUAUUUAGGGCGUAGAGACUUGAUUCGAGGCGAUUCAGUUUCGUAUGGAAACGGACUUCCUCGUUCCUAAAAUUAUAAUGGUUUUUUAUAUGUGUACAAAACGAAUUUUCUAUGAUCCUCCAUUGAAAGACACCCUGUGGUUUUAAUAAAACAAAAAUCACGUACACGAAAAGAAAUGACCACACGUGCAAUUGUGGCGUCAAGAUUUGGUCCUAAAUGCAAACAACUGAAACUUAUGUGGUAGAUUGUUUUUUGUUGAAGCUUUUUCUAUUCUCUCCCUGAAGCUACUAUGAAUUCCUUAAUGACGCUAAAUACACCGAACACACCUCUUGGUUGCUUAUGAUAAAUAUGAUGAAAUUUAAAAACAAAACCUAGUCUAAUUGGUUUACUUUACUAUUGGUAACUAUUGGUAAGCCCCGUAACGAAUUUUAAAAACUACGCGCCUAAUGAAUUUUUGUUUUGUUUCUGUAAAUAUAUAUAGAAGGAUUUUAAAUAUUACCCACUGAAAAGUGAUCACUUCUAUGUUUACAAAUUUUACAUAACUAAUAUUUAGUCUCCGCGAAACUUUUAUACCGAUCGGAGUUUUCAACACUUCAAUCGACAUUAUUUUUCGCAUUUUUUAAAAAUUUUUCAACUUUUCAUAUGCAAUGAAAACAAGAAAUUUUUUUAUUCUUUGGAUAAUCAACUGGAUUCGUAAUAUGAAUAAUCAUUGAUUUAUAUCGCUAUUUUUAUAUAAAAUUAAUAAAGAAUGAUUCUGUGAAGGUUAUAUGACGAAAAAAAAACCAAGAAAUAAAAUAAAACGUGAGAUUUCGGAAACUGCUUGAAAAAAUUCUCAUUUUGGUUGUGACAGUAGCUGUUCGAGGCUUUGAACAUUAGUAUUGAUCGUUUUGUGCGAUAAUUACGAUUCAAACUUGCGUUUUCCGAACAACAUUCUUGAGACGACUUCAGGGGAUGUAACAACCCUAUUUGUAAAUCCUCGCGGCACAGAUAACGUAUUUUAAUCGUUCGCUUACAUAUGAUACAUAAAGUAUGAACCCGAUGCUUCGUUUGUUUAGAAUUCCUAUAUAAGAGAGGCUUCCAUUAAUGUGAUUAGCAAAUCAAGUGAAAAUUUGAUCAUAAAAGACUAAAAAACAUAUAUUCAACUCGA